CGGUCAUCACAAAAGCUACUGGUUAACAAAAGGAUGUAAAGGGAAAGCCAUAUGAAUGACCUGCGCAAGUUCCUAAUUCCGUGGAGCGAACAAAUGUCUUCACAGGAAGCUCUGUAUCGGGCCAAAGGCUUGGUCAAGACUAUCGCCACAGAAUUUUGGGAAGAACCCUCUGCUGCCGAUCUGCAUGAAACCUUUUGCAGAACCCACAAAGGAACAAAUCUGAGCGUGGGUGCAAAGGCAUUAUGCAAACAUUUUGCACGGAAAGGACCCAUCAUGGAAACACAUCCGUUUUGGCUUGCCCCUCGAGGCUCCGAGGUGCAAAAGUCUGAAGACGCGAGAAGGCAACUGGACGAUAUGCUAAGAAGAACAGUGUGGAGGAACAUUCAUCGUUUGAAUAAACACGUUGUGGUCUACGAGAUUCGGAAUGAGCUGGGAUAUGGAAUGAGGUGGAACAUGACGCCUCGACUGGAGUUCCGAGGCUUCCUAGAAGCACAUCAACUUUCUUAAUCUACCCUGCUGGUUUUAUGGUCUUAGCGAGUGCCCUUCAUGUUGACAGUUGCUUUCUUUGGAACUGUCGUCUCCCUUUUUUAGGUCCAGUUCCAUCUCAGCGGCAAUAAUAGUGGCUUUUGCUCCCUACAUGUCCCAUAAUCGCCUCAAGAAGGACAUUGGGAGAUUUUUAUCAAUAUUUAGAAGCUAAGAGUAUAUGGACUGCUCGCUUAAAGAUGUAUAGAAAUUAGAAAGCUAGUCAAGGAUGUAUCUCAGCACUGGGGGAGAACUUGCAUCACUUUCAACACAAGUUUACGGUGAAAGGUUUUCUAUAUUUAUCUUCAGCUCAGUGCACGAGAGGCCAACAACGUCAGCAUAACCAGGGACUGCG